UCUUCCGUGCGGGUCCGGGCAGCCCUGGAGGGGGGCUCACACGCACACACGCCCCGUCGCGGGAGAGACCAGAGCGCACUCCCCAUCAUCAUCAUCGCCCAGAGCCGCGUGCGCUGCUGCUCGACUCGCUCCGCGACUGUGCCCACCGCGUGCGUGCGCGCGCGCGCGCGAGCAGAAUCGACGUCGAGACACCAACUGCGAUGAAGCCCACCUGGGACUGAAGUUUUUGUUGCUGUUGCUCGAGCGAGUUUUAGGGGUUUUUUUUAAGUGUUUGUGUUCUACGGCUGCUCUACGAUUUACUUGACGAGUGUAUUGAAAUUUCAAACGAAUCAUAUCGGACUAUUACUACAGCCUGCUGCCGAUCCUGCUGCAGUUGUCGCUGCUGCUGCUGCUGCUUCCACCACCACAACGUCCAGGUAGAACCACCCUGAACUCGUUAUCAGCGAGGUGACCGAGGUGAUCACAUGUCGCUGCCGGGAACACAGCUAAGGGCCGCGCGUGGCGGCACGAGGUCUCCUCGGGCCUAGGCGCGAGGAGGAGGGCCCUCGCCGAUGCGCGCGUGCCACGCGCCACUCCCGCCCGCACCGAGGAGGCGCACGGCCAUGGAGCACCGUGUCAACUCCUCCUCCUCCUCGAGCAACGACAGCGGCGGCGGCGGCGGCAUCACUCAUAACCAGAGCGCGGACGACGGCCUGGCCAACGAGACGGCGAGCGCCACCGGCUACACGCAGUCGUGGGCCAUCGGCAUGGGCUUCCUCAUGGCCCUCAUCAUGCUCAUCAUCGUGCUGGGCAACUCGCUCGUCAUCCUGGCGAUAGCGCGCUUCAAGCGCCUGCAGACGGUCACCAACUGCUUCAUCGUGUCGCUGUCGUGCGCCGACCUGGUCAUGGGCGUGCUGGUGGUGCCGCCCAGCGCCGGGCUCGUGGUGACGGACAGCGUGUGGACGCACGGCUCGUCGGCGUGCGAGCUGUGGACGUCGGUGGACGUGCUCUGCGUGACGGCGAGCAUCGAGACGCUGUGCGUGGUGGCGCUCGACCGCUACCUGGCCAUCACGGCGCCGCUGCGCUACAAGCAGCUGCUGACGAAGGCGCGCGCGCGCCUCAUCGUCGUCGUCGUGUGGAGCAUCUCGGCGCUCAUCUCCUUCCUGCCCAUCCAGAUGCUGUGGUGGCGCGACAACGCCGACGUCGAGGCGACGCAGUGCUACAAGAACCAGGACUGCUGCGACUUCAUCACCAACGCGCCCUACGCCAUCGUGUCGUCCGUCGUGUCCUUCUACGUGCCGCUCAUCGUCAUGGUGUUCGUGUACGGCCGCGUCUUCCAGGAGGCCAAGAAGCAGCUGCGCAAGAUCGACAAGAACGAGGGCCGCUUCUACGAGGUGUCCUCCGGCGGCGUCGGGGCCGCGGCGGGCGACGGCGGCGGAGCGAUGCCCAGGCGCCUGUCGAAGCGACGCACCUCUCGCGUCGUCUCCAUGAAGGAGCAGAAGGCCAUCAAGACGCUCGGCAUCAUCAUGGGCACCUUCACCAUCUGCUGGCUGCCCUUCUUCAUCUCCAACAUCAUCAAGGCGUUCUGCAAGACGUGCGUCGACAAGAAGCUCUUUUUCUUCUUCAACUGGCUGGGCUACAUCAACUCGGCCUUCAACCCGUUCAUCUACUGCCGGAGCCCCGACUUCCGGAAGGCCUUCAAGCGCCUCCUCUUCGGCUGCUCGGCGCUGAGCAGGCGCUCCGCGCCCAGGAGGCGCGCCGGGAGCCUCGCGUCGUGCGCCGCCGAGGAGCAGCAGCGGCGGCGGCGCGCGGGCGACCGCCUGACCCCCAACGGAGGAGGUGCGGGAGGGGGCGGGGCCUCCCGCGGCUCGCAGCUCGCGUUCGCCGCGCGUACCCCGGGCGCCUUCAGCAACGGCAAGGCGUCCCUGGGGGACGGGCGGCACGACAGCCGCACGAGCAACAGCAGCAGCAGCGAGCAGAGCCUGGAGCGCGACGAGAAGGCGCCCAAGACUAGGCCGGCCGAAGGUUGACCGGGUGGCGGCCGACGGAGGCCGACGGAGGUGACGACGCGAGGGGGGAGGGAG